AUGUUGAUUACACGAUUUGCACCGCCUAGUAGGCAGUUUUUUCGACAAUUCCUUAUUCCCACUUCAAGCUGUUCUUCUGCCAUUGUUCAAGAGCGUGGAAAUGCGUGGCGUGCUUGCCUCGGGAAAAUCUCUCGUUCUCAGUAUCUACGACACUAUCCGGUGACGCUUAUAAGACCAGAUGGGUCAACGCUAGAAAUUCGUUACCUGGAACCACGUGGAGUGGUGCAGCUUCCUGUAGAUCUCAACGCGUUGACCGAAGAAGAAAGGCGGCAUAGAUUGGCAGCAAGGAAGCCCAAAACUAAAAAGAUUGUUCAGGAAUCGAUAGAUGAUAACUUCGAUCCACACGAGUACAUGCGGUUUUGGAGUUCCUCUACUGCAUCUACACCAGAGCAGACCCUGAAGGCAGGACCGUCUACCGAAUCUGCAAAGUCAGAGCAAACUCCAAAGGAAGGAUCGUCUCCCGAUUCAUCAAAGCAGCAACCGACCACAAAAGCAAGAGCGUCUUCCGAAUCGACAAAUAACAAGACAGGACUCCAAAGAGCAGGAUCUAAAAAAGCCAGAGACAAAAAAGUGUUCCGUUUAACUUAUAUGGUUCCUGAAUAUACUGUUUUAUUACCAACAUACAAUGAGAGAGAAAAUCUGCCAAUUUGCAUCUGGUUACUGGAGAAAUAUUUGAAGGGAAUCAGUUAUGAGAGAAGGAAGCUUGGUCCUGGGGAUACGCAUAUAUUGCAUGCCAUAAAUACGCUAGAAGGAAAUUUUAUUAUUCUUAUGGAUGCCGAUCUAUCUCAUCAUCCCAAAUUCAUACCUGAAAUGAUCGAACUUCAGAAGAAAGAAAACCUAGAUAUCGUAACUGGUACGCGGUACGCUAUGUCUGGAGGGGUUUAUGGUUGGGAUAUUAAACGGAAAACUAUGAGCAAAGGAGCUAACUUCCUCGCCCAGUUCCUCCUCAAUCCUGGAGUUUCUGACUUGACGGGUUCGUUCAGACUAUAUAGAAAGGAAGUGCUCGCAUGUUUAAUAAGUGAAAGUGUCAGUAAAGGAUACGUGUUCCAGAUGGAAAUGAUGUUCCGUGCAAGUAAGAAAGGUUACAAAAUCGGUGAGGUCCCCAUAUCAUUUGUUGAUCGUUGUUUUGGUGAGUCUAAAUUAGGUAGCCAGGAGAUCAUCGGCUAUGUAAAGGGGCUUAUGUAUUUGUUUUUCUUCGUCAAUUAG